AUAAUGACAAGGAGUUCAAUGAACUACAGUCCCUGAGUUAGUGCCUGUGCUUACCAAGCAUACGAGGCCUCUAUAAAUACUUUCCAACGAAUGAUUUAAGCUACUCAGAGCAAGAAACAAGCAGCAGAAAUGGAGUUUUCAGGAGGCACAGUAUUCCCUGUGAUGUUACUUCUGUUAUGUGCAUUAUUGAUAUCCGAAGGCCAGAAUAUGGCGGAUUCAACAUCAUCAUCGUGUGAUUACCCUGCAAUAUACAACUUUGGCGAUUCGAAUUCGGAUACAGGAGGGAUCGCAGCAGCAUUUUUCCCAAUGGCAGCACCCUGCGGUGAGACGUACUUCCACAACCCUGCCGGAAGGGCCUCUGAUGGCCGCCUUAUUAUAGACUUCAUCGCUGACCACCUGGGGCUACCGUUUCUCAGUCCAUACCUGGAUUCAGUCGGGUCCAAUUUCCAGCACGGCGCAAACUUUGCAACGGGAGGGGCAACAAUUCGGCGGCAGAACGAAUCAUGGUUUGAGACCGGCGUAAGCCCGUUCCCUCUGGACAUUCAGGUUGAACACUAUACUCAGUUUAAAGAACGAUCAGCCUAUUUUUACAGUCAAGACAAGGUAGCAUCCGAUAAAAGCAGGCUCCCAAAACCGGAGGACUUCUCCAAGGCUCUAUACACGUUUGACGUAGGCCAAAAUGAUCUCGCCGCUGCUUUCAGAAAGAUGAGCUGGGAAGAGCUCAGAGCUGCGUUACCGGACAUAGUCAACCAAUUUGCUAAACAAAUCCGAGGUAUGUACGAGAGAGGAGCAAGAGCAGUUUGGAUACACAACACGGGUCCCAUCGGUUGCUUGCCGGCGUCCACGGUCAAAGUGAAAAAUCCACCACCGGGGUAUCUGGAUGAACAUGGGUGUAUCAAGAGCCAGAAUGAUGCAGCCAUGGAGUUCAACACACAGCUCAAGGAAACGGUGGUGCAACUGAGGGCAGAGCUGUCAGGAGCGGCAAUAACCUACGUAGAUGUGUACAGUGCAAAGUACGGAUUAAUCAGCAACGCAAAGAAACAUGGAUUUGAGGAGGCUUCCAAGGUCUGCUGCGGCAUUCAUGGAUUGGAGAAUGAUGUGUGGUGCGGGAACAAAGGGAUUGUGAACGGCAGCGAAGUGUACGGAGGUUCCUGUGCAGAGCCCGGGGGAAUCAUCAGCUGGGACGGAGUGCACUAUACUGAGGCUGCAAACAAAUGGAUUGCCAACCUCGUACUCAAUGGUUCGCUCUCUGACCCGCCACUCCCAAUCGCAAGAGCCUGUCAUCCCCAAAUCUGAGCUGCUGCUGCUGCUGCUCCUCCUUACCAUCUUCUUCUGCACCCUUAAAACUAACACGUGUAAUGUGAUAUAAGAGGUAGUUGUAAGUAAAUCUUUAGUUAGCACAGACAUGAUUGAUGAUACCACUACUACGUUGCUGUCUUCGAUCAUCCGGCCAAACCAAAAACUCUUAUAUAACAACUACGUUGUUGUUCUCAGGAUGUACUAUUACGUUUGA